CAUUUUAGCAGAAUUCUUUAAUGUCAUUUAGUAAAAUGUUGUCGAACGAUCCGAUAGUAACGCGGAUUUUAAAAGCAUUCUGCUUUCUAUUCGCUUUUUCCUAUUUCGCCGUCAGCACAGAAGCUGCUCUAUUCGAUGGCUGUGAUCAUACUUAUACUAUAGCUGGUGGCUAUUCAUAUCUAGAAUCACCAUACUAUCCAAAUUCUUAUCCCAAAGGUUCAUCAUGUCGUUAUAAAUUUGUGGCUCCCUUGGACUACGAUAUAGUAGUUAACUGUACCAUUAACUUGGCUAAAGGUUCCAGUGGCUGUACUACCGAGUAUUUUUAUUUGGCACGCGACGGUGAUGUUUUACUAAGAGGAUCUGAGAAAUUCUGUGGUGCUGGUACAUUUAUACGUAGAUCUGUUUUUCGCUCAGUAGUUUUGGCUUACGAGUCUGGUGGUGGGACCGGUAAUUUCCGUUGUCAAUUGUAUGCUGCCCCACAACCCUGUGACUGUGGCUGGUCGGUAAAUACGAAAAUUGUCAAUGGUCAACAGACAGCAACAAAUGAAUUUCCCUCUAUGGUGGCUCUUAAAGAUAGAACCACAAAUCAGGCCUCGUAUUGCGGAGGAGCUAUAGUAUCCCAUAGAUAUGUAUUAACGGCCGCCCAUUGUGCCCGUGUUCAAACUAAUCCGGCCAAUAUAUUGAUCCGAGCCGGACGUCAAAAUCUGUUAGCUAAUCCAGAUACUAUGUAUGCAGCUGAUUACUACGUUAGCCAAAUAAUUGUACAUGGCUCUUAUACCGCUAAUCCGGUAAACAAUGACAUUGCUCUACUUGUAACAACUACAAAUAUUGAAUGGUCUAGAGGUGUGGGUCCGAUUUGUUUGCCCUCGGAUGCAAAUGCUAACAACAACUUUGCCUAUAAUUAUGUUGAUGUCAUUGGUUGGGGUACUACCUCUUUCGCUGGUCCCACUUCCUCAACUCUACUGAAGGUUCAUUUGAUGGUACAAAGUAACAGUGCCUGCCAACAGGCCUAUCAGGGUAUAACCACUAUUUACCCAAGUCAAAUGUGUACUUAUGAUACUACGGGCACUAAUAAAGAUUCUUGUCAAUUUGAUUCUGGCGGUCCAGCGGUAUACAAAUAUAACCGUCAAUUCAUAUUGGGCAUUAUAAGUUUUGGUAAAGGGUGUGGUCAAGGAGGUUAUGCCACUGGAGUUAAUACACGUGUUACUUCCUAUUUGUCGUGGAUUAAGCAAAAUACCGGUUAUUCGACCUGUAAUGUUAGCAUGUAGUAUUAUUUAUGCUAUUUUUCUUUAAAUUCGUCUGUGUUAAAAAAGAGUAUACCAAAAAUUUUUAUUAAUUUAAGUUUACAUUUUUUUUAAAUCUACAAUUUAUCAUAUUUUUGUAAAUUCGCCACAUAUAUUUUAAAUGUGGGAGUAAUAAAGUCAUUUUUAUACAAUUUCA